AUGAUUUGGUUAAAUUGUGACUAUAAUUGUUACAAAUCUUGUAUUAGUCAAUUCGAUAAUGAUGACUUUUUAAAAUUUUACUUAUUGGAACAUUGGUCUUCCCUUAUUCCAAUUGAUAAUAAUAAUAAUAAUAAUAAUAAUAAUAGUAAUAAUAAUAAUAACGUAAUAGCUACAGUUACUAUCGGUUAUUUAUAUGGUUAUAUAACAACGAUACUGAUAUGUAAAUAG